GUUUGGGGGGUGUGAUCUGGAACCCAUGGUGUUUCCUGGAAUGUGGGUCUCUGGCCUCUCCACCUACUGGAGCCUCCGCUGAACCAGGCAGCUGGGCGGGAGCAUGGAUAGAUUUUCCUAAUUCUCUCAAUGCAGAGGAAAGGUAGGGCACGAGGGCCUUGAGUCCAGCAGACCAGGUGUGGGGUCCAAGCCUUGUUCCUAGGAACACGUGGGCCUCGAUUUCCUUGUCCAAAGAGUAGGGGAAAGGAGUGUGUUCUUUGCAAGAUUGUCAUACAAGAGAGGUGGAAUGACCCCACAAGUUGUUACUUGGGGCUGGAACAUCACCCUGCAGCCAUGUAUUUUCUUUGUGAAAAUCAUCUCACUGUGACGUUUUCUGUCCAGGCAGGAGGUUGAGGGUUUGUGGGAAGUUAGUACCCUGACCUCGGGGAUAAUUCUUUGGAGGGAUAUGGAGUGGGGAGGACUUCUCCAGAAGAUCUCAUUUUAGAAGUAGAAAUACGCUCAGGAAAAGCAGGAGAGACUCAGCGUAGUGGCCCCUUCCUUGGGGCAGCCAGCGGAGGUGGUCCCUUGUUGUUCGGGGCGUCACGGGUUUCGGGCCUCACUCGGGUGCCCCGCUCACUGGUCCUGGCGACCCUCACAGCAGCCCUUUUGACAGAUGGGAAGCCAGGCUGCACUGUGGUCCUGCACCCAUCUCCUGGCCUGGGGCUCAAGGCUGGGUGGCGGCUGCUCACCCCACAGCCGGCCACUUGAUGGGCCAGCCGCAGCCCUUCGUCCCCGGGCCUCUAGCUUCUGGUCUGUACCCUCCAGCUUAGGCUCUGCUCCCAGAAAGGCCACGGUGCUUUUAUUUUUGUACAUGCGCGUUUGUAUAAAUCCAGGGUUGUUGUUUUCAAUAAACCAUCAGGGACAUUUUCUUGUGUCAAUGCCGAUCUGCAGAAUCUUUUUUAAAGGUUGAGGUAUAAUCCACAUUCUGUCGGAAAUAGGUACUGUUGAGUGUUUUUUAGUGCAUUUACAGAGUUGUGCAGCGAUCACAUUUAUUUAGUUCCAGAACAUUCCAUCACCCCAAAAUGAACCCUUGGUCCAUUAAUAUCACCCCCCCCAUUCCCACCCCCAGCCUCUGGGAUCUACUGUCUCACUUUUUUUUUUUUAACGGCUUUAUUGAGAUUAGGAUUCAUAUACAUACAGUUCACCCAUUUGAAGUGUACAAUUGAAUAGCUUCUAGCGUAUUCACAGGUGUGGCCACCUCCACAUUUCCCUCACCCCAAAAGAGCCCCAGACCCUUAAUCAUCAGUGCCCUGUACCCCCAGCCACUUACCUGUGCUCUGUUUGCUGUUCUCAUGUAGCGUUGGGGGGUGACUGGAGGCAGAGAAAUGCUGGCGAGUUUCGUGGGGUCCUCUCCUUCCUCUUUGUGGCCGUAUCUGACCCCGGUUCCUUCCCGCUGUCCUGCGCAUGUAGGCUCAGUGUGCACUCGAGCCAGCACAGCGUGAUGGAAAAGUGAAUCAUCCCGAGGAGUCCCCAGCAGCCUCGGAAGGGAAGAGUCGGGCUCUGUGUGUGGGGCUCCUGGUGCUAGCAGACAUAGCCAGGCCGGGGGAUCGCACGGCUUCCAGCCAUGGCCCUGCUGUCCACAGGUCCUGGUGGGGAUUCCAGAGCCAAGUGCAGCUGGCCGCCACGUGGGUCCUGACCUUGUAGGGGAGGGGGUUCCUUCUGGCUGUUCUGGCUUUCACGCUGCCCUCCAUGGUCCCUAGAGGGGUUUGGGGGGCAUACCUACAGUUGAUUGAAUUAGACGCUCAUCCUAGAGGUUUUCAGGGGAGAUCACAAAAUCAAGCACUUCUCAGUCUCGGAUGAGCUGUUACCAAGAGGGACUGCUUGUUGAGUUGGUAGCGGUGACGUGUUUGGAAAGGCACCGGGCCUGCUGGGCCCACGCAGGCGCUUUGUCUAACAGCCUGAUGGAGACGCUCUCCACGUACGACACAGUUUACCCACUGGCAGCGUGCAGCCCCAGUGGGAAGAAGUUCCGGAGCAAGCCCCAGCUGGCACGGUACCUGGGGGGCUCCAUGGACCUGAGCACCUUCGACUUCCGGACCGGCAAGAUGCUGCUGAGCAAAAUGAGCAAGAGCCGCCAGAGGGUCCGCUACGACUCGUCCAGCCAGGUCAAGGGCAAGCCUGACCUGAACACGGCCCUCCCGGUCAGGCAGACAGCGUCCAUCUUCAAGCAGCCAGUGACCAAGAUCACCAACCACCCCAGCAACAAGGUGAAGAGUGACCCCCAGAAGGCUGUGGAGCAGCCUCGGCAGCUUUUCUGGGAGAAGAAGCUGAGUGGCCUCAAUGCCUUCGACAUUGCUGAGGAGCUCGUGAAGACCAUGGACCUCCCUAAAGGCCUGCAAGGUGUGGGACCUGGCUGCACAGAUGAGACCCUUCUGUCGGCCAUCGCCAGCGCCCUGCACACCAGCAGCAUGCCCAUCACCGGGCAGCUCUCCGCCGCCGUGGAGAAGAACCCCGGCGUGUGGCUCAACACGGCCCAGCCCCUCUGCAAGGCCUUCAUGGUGACCGACGAGGACAUCAGGAAGCAGGAGGAGCUGGUGCAGCAGGUGCGCAAGCGGCUGGAGGAGGCACUGAUGGCCGACAUGCUGGCCCACGUGGAGGAGCUGGCCCGGGACGGCGAGGCGCCGCUGGACAAGCCCGGCGCCGACGAGGAGGAGGAGGAGGACGAGGACGAGGACGAGGAUGAGCCUGACCAGGACCAGGAGAUGGAGCAUGUCUAAAGCAGAGGCCCCGUGGAGCCCGGCCCGAGACGGUGGCGGCCCCUCCGAGGCCUUCCCAGGCGUGUCCCCUCUCCUGGGUCCACGGGGGCACGGCUGGAGGACAGCCCCUGCCUGACGGGCCCCCCAUGUUUGCUCUUCUCUGAAGGGCCUGGGUCUGGAAGUGCCCAUCACCCCCGGGCCCGCCUGCAGGAGGCCCUCCUUGGAGCCAUCACUCCACAACGGACUCGGGGCCGGCCUCGUCCCCAUGGCCGCUUCACACAGGACAGCUGCCACCAGGCGGCCUGCGAGGGUCCCCAAGGGGCUGGAGAAACAUUUUUUGGAACAGUUUUGCUUCCCGAUCCCCGCGUGUGAGGGACGCUAUUCCAGGGUCUGCACGUCAGCCCUCCGAGAAGGGGGUGCAGGAUGGCUCCCCUGUGUGCCCACCAGUGGGCGAAGCCGUGAUGGCUUGGAGCUCAUCCAGAGGCAAACGGCACAACCUAGACGUUUUCCUUCAAUAAAUCCGUGAUACAAACGAGGCUGGACGUCCGCAUAACUGCUUGGCCUUUGUGUUUGCUGCACAUGGAUGCGAACUCUGGCCUUUGUGUCGGGAAACCUCACUGUUGACAGCACGGCCCACCCUGCCUGAGGGUCAGCCAGCCACCGGCAACGGCGAACUGCUCAUGGCCAACCCGCCAGGCUGGGGCUCCAAGGCAGCUGCGCCGUCAGCCAGCCUCCGUGUCCGCCUCCUCGUGUAGCAGGGACAGUGACACCCAGUGCUCGGGGCCAGAGCUGGCACUGGGGCCGCGGCUGCUCUGCGGUCAAGCGUUUGCAAGCACCCGUGGCCAGAGCAGCGGGCUCUGGGGAGCUCUGGUCCCAGAGGUCGUCGGAAUCGUGUUACUUCAUCCCUGCCCCCUCCUACCCUGAGUGCCUUGGGUGAGGGGAGCCCUCCUGUCCCCGCUCGGCCCAGCCCACAGCCUGAGACCAUCGGGAAGGACCUGGGUCGCGGCCUUGUGUGGCGGUCACCCCGGCUGAUGCCGAGGGUGGGGGAGAUGGCGGGAGCCACAUCCUCCGUGGACGCUGGCCCGGCCCGGCACCCUGCCUGCCCGUCCAGUCAAAGCACAAAUCCUCCAGAGCCACCCACGAAGGCCGUCUGAGCGGGCGGGGCGGGCCUGCUGGGGGGGCUGGGCCCCCACCGGCCCUCAGGAAGGCCCCUCCCCUAAGGCCCCGCAUCAUCCCGCCCUUCACGAGGCCGCAGCCGCUGAGGGAGCUCCAUGUGGGGCUGGCCCCUGUGUGGGCCCGAGGUCCAAGUGCCCGGAGCCCUGCACAGCGGAAGGGACUGCGGGGCCCGGGAGGCACCCUGUCCUGUGGGCGACCUUUGAAUAAAGCCAUCUCGGUGAGUGUG